CUUUGCAAGACGCACUCAAUAUAAUUUUGUAUAAAACAGUUCACAUAUCAGCAUAGUGCAACAGUCUGGCAACCACGAUGUCUCAAAUGGCCGACAACGCCAGCGGAACAUGUCCUCACAUUGCUGAAUCUUCUCUGGAGCCUCUCCACAUUUCACACAAAUUCAAAUCUAUGGCAGUGUGGAAUUUGCGAUACUCGCAUAGUAUCACUCGUCCUGCAAAGCGACGCAAGCUUGCAGCCCCUACGUGUGGGACCUGUGACUCACCACUUCCGCGUCCUUUCGCAUGCCUGAGAUGCUCAUAUUCUGGAUGCUGGAGAGACGGUCAUGUGAAGCGACAUCUGGAGGAGACAGGACAUACACUUUGCGUCGAUGUCAAGACCGGUUCAAUCUUCUGCAGCGAGUGCGGCGAUUUUGUCUACGAUAGCGGUGUGAACUCCAUGUUCGCAGCGGCCACAAUUACUACGGAAGAGAAGAACACCAGUUUUCGAGAUGGGACGCGAUGCCGUGAGCCGUUCAGGUCAUGGUCACCCAAUACGAAAGAGACGGCCGCCCUCGAGUCAUCUGUUCCGGCUGCAUGUUACGGCCGGAGAGGAUUACUGAACCUUGGCCAAACGUGCUUCAUGAAUGCUAUUCUCCAAUCAUUUGCGGCGAAUCCGCUUCUCAGGCACUAUUUCUUAAGCGACAAACACAAUUAUCAGCUGUGCAAAAACGAAGCAUGUAUCUGCUGUGAAAUGGACAAAGUUUUUACUGAAGUUUUCUCAGAAAAUACAACGCCGUAUGGCCCGACGAGCUUCCUCGCCACAACGUGGCAGGCUUCGCCAGACCUUUCUGGCUAUGCGCAGCAGGAUGCACACGAGUUCUUCAUGCAUGCCUUGAAUGAGAUCCACACCAAAACCCGUGGAUCGACGAAGCUUCACUGCAUUUGUAUCGUACAUUCUGCGUUCGCCGGGCAGCUGCAGAGCGAUGUCAAGUGCGAACGCUGCGGUAACGUUACCACCGCCACCGACCCCAUGUUCGACAUCAGUUUAGAGCUGCAGGAUAAGAGCCUUGGGCAAGCCGGCCAGGAGUUGACACUGGCUUCGUGUCUGAGGAAAUUUACUCAGCCGGAGAAACUGGGGCCGAACCAAUACAGCUGUGCCAAAUGUGGGAAAGCUUCCCAUGCAACAAGCAAGCGAUUGAGUAUCCGGAAGCUGCCACCUGUGCUGAGCUUCCAGUUCAAGCGUUUUGAGCACAAAGCCGGAGAUAAGUCCGCGGCCCACAAGAUCGAGGCACCUGUCCGCUUUCCGUCAAUUAUCAAUAUGGCACCGUUCACGUCCGCCGUCAUGGACAUGAAGGAUCGAGAAGCAAAAGGCAGCGGAACCGAGUUUCCUGGGCCUCGGGCCAUGUACGAGUACGAUCUUUUUUCAGUUGUAUGUCAUGAGGGGCAGAUCAACAAUGGCCACUAUACAUGCUUCGCGCGUUCGCGGGAUGAGUGGUACCGCUUUGACGAUGACAAAGUGACACAUUCUAGCCUCGGCGCGUGCCUCGGCUCACAAUCCCAGGCGUAUAUGUGUUUCUACGUCAAGCGGCACCUGGAUUACGAACCGUACGUGACGCCCUCGUACAAGGUCACGCGAGAGGCGGAGGCCGUGAAGGAACGAGAACGGGAGCGGAAGAAGGAAGCUGCACGCAUGCGCGAGGUGGAGGAUGAUUUAUUGGCUAUGGUCUGA